GCUCAAAAUUUACGGGCAGGAGAGAAAUCUCGAUCUCUUCUGGGCAUUCGAUAUUUUGGAGAAAACCCAAUAAUGGAGCGGAACUGAAGGAAAAGAAGACGACAUCGAAGAAAAUGACGAUCCAUUCUCUCGUUAUCCAAAAGCUUCUGAGCACCAACGCCCAUAUGGGGCGGCGCUUGGUGGAGCACCAUUUCAAGGUCUACACCUAUGGCUUCCGCAACGGGUGCGCCGUCAUCGACUCUGACAAGACCCUCAUCUGCAUGCGAAAUGCCUGCGACUUCAUGGCCUCGCUCGUCCGCCAAAAGGGCCGUUUCCUCUUCGUCAACACCAACUCCCUCUUCGAUGAAAUCGUCGAGCAGAUGACCCGAAAAAUCGGAUGCUUCACCCCCGACGCCCCCUGGCGACUCAGCGGCUUUCUCACCAACAGUUCUAGUCCCAAGAAGUUUCGGUCCCGAAACAAGAAGAUCAUUUUCGGCCCGAGUCAGCCGCCUGACUGUGUCGUGAUUUUGGAUACCGAAAGGAAGUCUUCGGUGAUUCAGGAGGCGUCUCGGCUGGAGAUACCGAUUGUUUCGGUGGUGGAUCCGAGUAUGCCGCUGGACACGUUUAAGAAGAUCGCCUAUCCUAUUCCAGCUAAAGAUUCAGUGCAGUUUGUGUAUUUGUUUUGUAAUUUGAUAACCAAGACAUUUCUUUACGAGCAAAAGAAAAUGGGGCUUGGGAAGAAAGAGGACGAAACUGCCCGGAAAUUGGCGGUUCAGAAGGCAGAGAAAAAUGAGAAAUGAGAAUUGUGCUUGAAGUUUCAAUCAUUUUGAUUGUAAUUUGGAUCUUUUUGGUUUCAAAUUUAUAUAUUUUGAUGGGUAACUGUGUCUGAACCCUCUAAAUUGCGAUAUUCUAUCUUUUUGUUUUCCAAUAAAGUGGGCUUUUGAUUCAUUAUCA